GAGGAGGAGAGAGGGGAGGCAGGGCGGUCGAAGAAUAGGCGUUUACGAAUUCAAGCUCUGUCCAGACUAGAGGCUCACCUGUUAGGCGCAAGACAUGAGCCAUCCAAAUGAGAAAGAUGCCUCGGGCACAAUCGAAAGUAAACCUAAAUCGCCCAUGCUUUCAUCAUACUGCAUCGAAAGCAUUCUCGGCCGACGAAGUCCCCUCAAAGUCAGACUCACAGGAAUGCAAAGUUUACCAAUGCUACUGACUGGGAGUGCGGAGCAUAAUGCACCUUUGGAAGCCUCUCAGAAAGAUGCGGACAUUCACCUGCCCCCCAAGUUGCACCGUCUGUAUGGCCCAGGGGGAAAGCUCAUGGAUUCCAGACGGGGAAUUCACGAGAAUGAGGAGCAAGAAGAGAGGGAGCGUCCUCUAGACAAAGUCUACGAAAAUCUGAAAAUCACUCAGGCGCCACAAGUUAGCAUCAGCCGCAGUAAAUCAUACAGGGAAAACGCGUCCCACAGUCAGAGCGAGGAAGAUAGGAACCUCGGGCGACGGACAGAGGAGCACGCGGAACUUGGCGCCCUAAAGUUCGAGGAGGACACUGGCAAGGAGCUUAUCUGCGAAGACACAGAAAUGUCCCCAAAGAACGGAGAGAGUUUGCACAUCAAUGGAGACGUAAAAGACGGAGAGGACAGCGUGUGCCUCUCAGCUGGCAGUGACUCAGAGGAGGGGAUGCUAAAGCGAAAACAGAGGAGAUACAGGACUACGUUUACCAGUUAUCAGCUUGAGGAGUUGGAGAGAGCUUUCCAGAAAACGCACUACCCCGAUGUGUUCACGAGGGAGGAGUUAGCGAUGCGGUUGGAUCUCACUGAGGCUCGUGUGCAAGUGUGGUUCCAAAACCGGCGAGCUAAGUGGCGGAAGCGGGAAAAAGCCGGGGUUCAGACUCACCCCCCAGGACACCCCUUCUCUGGACCCCUGGGUGCAGCACACCACUUGAGCCACUACCUGGAGGGAAGUCCUUUCUCACCCCACUCUCACCCCUCCCUGGAGUCUGCCUGGACUGCUGCAGCCACCUCGUUCCAGGGUCUGACACAGCCCCUUGCCAGCUCUGCCUCCCCCCUGGGAUUUGGCCCCUUCCUGGGAGCAGCCAUGUUUAGACACCCCACCUUUAUUAGCCCCUCCUUUGGAAGACUCUUCUCUAGCAUGGGUCCUCUGACACUCUUACGCCAGCCCAUACCCGCUGUAGAGACUCCAGUCCAGCCCCCGAUGGCAUUGUCAGAGCCCUCCCCCUCCUCGCCUGUGGACCGCCGGGCCUCCAGCAUCGCAGCACUGCGGCUCAAAGCUAAAGAGCACUCAGCUCAGCUGACACAACUCAACAUCCUACCUUCCAGCAUGACUGGGAAGGAGGUGUGUUGAGAGACAUCAGACUCCCUCCAAUUCCCCCUACAUGGAGCACGAGUCAUGACCAAAGGAAUAGCAGCUUAGAAGUGGUAUAGCACAACUUAACCUUGUCUAAACUCCUCCCCAGUUAGUUGUCCCAAAGUUCUGUUACUCCACACUCUCCACAACAGUGAAACAUGCUUUCCUCAUGAACUGAAGAAGAGAGAAGAAAUGUUAAAAAAGUGGACUCCCUGCCCUUUGACCCUCAGGAAUGACCUGUUAGCAGCUUCUCACAGGGUGCUACGCAGUGUUUACCAACUCCAGUAUCCACAACAGCACACAUUUUUGUUGUAGACCCGGAUAAAAACACCCGAUUCAAUUUGUCAAGGGCUUGACGAUUAGUUGACAACUAGAAUCAGGUGUGAUUGUCCGGAGCCACAACAAAAAAACAUGCACUGCUGGGGAUACUGGAGGACCGGAGUUGGAAAAACACUGCUACAAGCCACCAAAGGGAUAGAUCUAGGCCCUGGAAAGGUUCAAAUGGAGGGAAAUGCUGUAGACUACAGACUGUGUAAGUUUAAAUAUCAUAUAAUGUACAUUUCAUGUAUUGAUAACAUGGUGUCUGUUGAUAGAUUUUCGCAGUCUUCUUAAAUUAGUUGGUUAUUCAAGUUUGUAUUUAUGACCAGUCCUGUAUGAGCCAGAAGGAAGUUUUCAAGAGGAAAAUUGAAAUUUAUUUUAAAAAUUAUUUCCUGGUUUCAGAUGAAUCAGUUGAAAAGAGCUAAGACAAUAAACUGUCAAAUGGAAAACGUU